CCCAAGUCCCCACACUAGCACCAUGACCUCGACAAAGCCAGUGACGGCCGCGCUCCUCGGCUCGGGGCUGUUCGCGACCAACUCGUACCUGCCCGCGCUGCGCGAGGUAUCGAACUUACACAUCAAGACUGUGUGGUCGCGGUCCGAGGGCUCAGCGAGCAAGCUGCGCGCCGCGGCCGCCGAGCUCGGCGGGCUGCCGCAUGGCGAGGCGACGGGCCCAGCCGUGGCCUUUGGCGACGACGGCCUGGCGUCUGUCCUGGCCGACAAGGACGUCCACGCCGUGAUCCUCGUCCUGCCCAUCACGGCGCAGCCGGCCAUCAUCCGCGCUGCGUGGGCCGCGGGCAAGCACGUCAUUAGCGAGAAGCCGCUCGGGCGGGACGUCGCCGAGGCGCGCGCCCUCAUUGACGAGUGGGAAAGCAAGUACAAGCCCGAGGGGAUCGUGUGGCGCGUCGCGGAGAACUACGCGCACGAGCCGCUGCUCCACUACGCCGCCGGCCUGCUGUCCGCGCCGGAGGUCGGCGACGUCCUCUACUACCGGCUGCACUUUGAGACGAUGCUGCCCGACGGGGCGAGCUACCACGCGACGACGUGGCGCACGGUACCAGAGUACCAGGGCGGGUUUUUGCUGGAUGGCGGCGUGCACUGGGCCGCUUUGCUGCGCACCGUCCUCCCGACGCCGCCGGCAAGCUUGAUCGCGCACAAGAGCCUGCACCGCGCGCACAUGGUGCCGCACGACACGGUCGUCGCGCUCGCGCUUCCGCCGGCCGGCAGCGCCGUGCCGCCGCACGGACAGGCCACAACCGUCGCGAACACGAACAACCCGGACGCGCUCCUCGCCGCCGGGCGCAGCCAGGCAAACGGCACAAUCAUCCUCUCCUGGGCUAUCCCGGACACGCCGCGCGACUCGCGCCCCCCGAACGAGCUGUACGUCGUCGCCGAGCACGCGACGCUGCGCGUCGUCAACCACGGACGCAGCUGGACCGUCGAGCUCACGCCGGGCGCGGGCAGCCCGGCAAAGGGCGCGUUCAAAGAGGGCAAGGUGACGGGCGUCGAGGCCGAGCUCGCUGCGUUCGGCGACGCGGUGCGCGCCGCCGUUGAUGGCACGGCGGACGCGCAGACGAACUUCGGCGGCCCGCGCGACGCGCUCUGGGACCUCGCGUUCAUCCAGGCUGCGCUGGGGAGCGACGGGGCCGAGGUUGGUAUUGGCGCUGUGGCGGAGGGUAAGGCGUAGUGUGGUGUAGGGUAUGCAUAAGUGUCGAGCGGA